GGCUCCUUUUUUUUAUUUUUUUAGCAAUUAUGUGAUUCAAAUUAGGGAAUUAAAAAUUGCUGUAGAAUAUUCUCCGUCUGUGCACCUAUUUGGCAAAAAUUUUAAAGAUAUACAUGGUUUUUCUACUUAGCCAAGUUAUUACAAAUAAAUACCAGAAGAAAUGAUGUUCCUUGAAACCUUAUGUUAAAAAUGGAAUCAACCAGUAAAGCUUCCCAAGAUGGUUCUGAUCCUGAUUUCAAAUGGGUUGAUUAUCUUGAGGAUACUAAUUCUACUCCAGCUCCAUCAGAAGCUUUUAUACAUGUGGAACACAGUUUGAACACUGGUCUCCAAAUCGGAAUGAAGCUAGAAAUUCUAAAUCAAGAAACGAAAGAUGUGUACUGGAUUGCAUCUGUAGUUAUGACUUGUGGGGAAUUGCUAACUCUCAGAUUCUUUGGUUAUGGUAACGAUCGAUCUGCUGAUUUCUGGUUCAAUGCAAAAUCAGGAGAGUUUCAUCCAAUUGGUUGGUGUUCUGCUAAUAAUAAAAAGUUGUGGCCCCCGAAAGGUGUUUUGGAAAAAUGUCCUGAUGUCAAUACUUUGCUUUCGGAUGUUAAAAUUGAAAUAACUAAAGCAGAGAACAUCCCAGCUUUUAUUUCAAAUGAGCUUGAUGCUGGUAUAAUACCAAUUGAUCUAAUAAAGGUCGGAAUGAAAGUUGAAAUUUCUGAAGUUUUUAACCCACAAAACAUAUGGAUUGCAACUAUUUCACAAAAUGUUGGAGGACGUUUGCAACUGAAAUAUGAUGAACUGAAAUCUUCACAUGAAAAAUUUUGGUUGUUUUACCUUUCUGAUCGAUUAUUCUCCAUAGGGCAUGUAGCUGAGCAUAACUUAACAUACUCUGCACCUAAAAGUUUGAAAAAUAAUCAUACUGAAGAAGAGUUAAGAUCGGUGCUAGAACAAUCUCUCAAAGAUGCAAAAAGUUUUCCUUUUCCAUCUCAUGUUCUCCGGCCCAAGAUUCCAUUAGAAAAGCAUUAUUUCAAAGAGGGAAUGAAGCUUGAAGCUGUUGACCCAAUUACUUACACGAAUUUGUGUCCUGCUACCAUUUCUACUGUUUUGAGUGAUUAUUACUUUUUAGUGUCUAUAGAUGAUUGUGGUUCAAAAAGAGAUAAAACAGCUUUGCUUUGUUGCAAUUCAAAUAGUCAACUCAUAUUUCCUGUUGGAUGGGCAGAAAAACAUGAACUUUGCUUAAAGGUUCCUCAUGGUUACACUGAUGCUUUCUCAUGGAAUGAUUAUCUUAAGCGUUGCAAAGCUUUUGCUGCGCCUGAAGAAUUAUUUUCAGAAAGCUUUGAAAAUGAUGAGUUUGAAACAAGCAUGAAGUUAGAAGCUGCUGAUCCUCUUCAUCCUGAAAAUAUAAAAGUUGCAACUAUUACAAAAAUUGUUGCUCCGCUCAUGUGGUUGCACUUUGACAGUGAUGAUAGUAACAGUUCUAGUUUCAUCACCAGCUUAAACUCACUUGACAUCUAUCCUGUUGGUUGGUGUGACACUAAUGGUUAUCCUUUACUCACUCCUUCGAUUCAUAAAUCAAAAAUUGUGGAAGAUAUUGCUGUGAAUAGGGCAGAGGAAACUAAUAUGAAGCUAAAAGUUACUGAUGUCCAAGUUUCGACUCAAUCAGAGCAACAGUGUAAAUCCUGGUGUCCUAAAAUAUAUUUCAAUCACCGUUGCUUCACUGGACCUUUGCUCAGUAAAAGUAGAUUGGCGGAAUUACCACAAGCUAUUGGACCGGGGCCUGUUAAUUUAGUCAUGUUUGAUGUAAUCAGUCGUGUUGUAAAUAUUGCAUACAAAUCUAGUCGUGUUUUGCAAAUAUUGCAAGUUCAUGGGAAACCAUCUUCCGGAAUGCAUCAACAGGUGAUUAAAGCAAAAUAUAAAGGCAAGUCAUACAGAGCUACCAUAGAAGUAGUGAGAAAUAGUGAACAAGUCGAGGAAUUCUGUAAAAAUAUUUGUCUUAAACUGGAAUGUUGUCCACAUUUAUUUGGGCCUGUUCAUGUCGGAGAAGUUUGUCCAAGUAAAUGUCAUACUCAGACAAAAACAAAAUUUGGUUAUAACUUUGUUAAGAAACAUAAAAAACCUGGUAGGCCACCUCUAUCAUCUUCAGUAAGCUCUCUGAGCAACGGGGAGGUGGUAAAGAGAGGUCCUGGCAGAAAAAAGAAGCGGAAACACUGGACUCAUUUAAAUAUGUUGUCUGGGGAAUCUCAACCUGAAAAGAAACCCAAAUCUGUGGAUUCGAGUGAAACCGAUGAAUCUGCAAAACCGGAACCGAGCAAAAGUGAGGAUUCCAAAGAAAAAUUAGACAGCAUUCCUACUAAGAAAUUAAAGAUCACUCCAAGUUCAAGCAUCGUCACAAGGGGCGCAAAACUGCCUAAUUUUGGAUUGUGGCAUCAUGUUUCACCCUUUCUUCCACGUCGGGGCAGACCUCGGACUAGACCAAUGAGACCCUUUCCACCAAGAAAAGUGGGUAGGCCCAUAGGCAGUACAAAGAAAGCUAUUGCAUUGCAGUUGAAUUCCAAAAAGAGUGAUGCUGAUGAUGUUCAGUCUGAUCACUCCAAUGAAGAAAAGGAAAAGACUGUUGAGCCUGUCAAGAAAACUUCCCACUUGAAAAGUAAUCCUUUGGAUUGGUCUGUUGAUGAAGUAGUUAAAUAUUUGCAAGAGACUGAGUGUGCUCCAGUUGCUCCUUUACUCAGAGAACAAGAAAUAGACGGACAAGCAUUAUUAAUGCUUAAUAUUGCAAAUGUUCAAGAGCAUUUACAUCUAAAACCUGAGCCAGCAGAGAAGUUUUGCUACCUUGUUAAGAAUUUGAAAAUCGAAUUCUUUACUCAUUUUGUGUCAUAAGUUACUUCCAUUCCAUCUCUGUUCUGUAAAUAUACAAUUUUAUGUUAAUUUAUUUUGUAUAAAUUUAUCCUUCUAUAUUUUGUUACAUUUACUACAUGUGAAUGAUGUUAAG